AUGCGGCCUCUCCAAAUACGACCUGCUGAAGCUCGAGAUUGCCCCGAGAUCAUGCGCUUAAUUAAAGAAUUGGCUACUUGUGACAAUAAACGAGGUGUAACGAACUUGACGAUAGCAGGAUUAGACCCUUAUUGUCCACCCAGGCUGCAGAAAUAUGGAUUCCUACCCCCAUUGCUCUCUGGCAUGGAGAACUGUAGAGAUUUGCUCAGAGAUGGCUUUGGGGAUAAUCCCCUUUUCUACUGCCUGAUUGCUGAAGUUUAUAAUUCACGUAAGCCAUCAGGAAGAACAGCCGUUGGAUUUGCCAUCUAUUACUUCAAGUACACUCUCUGGACUGGCAAGUUACUCUACCUAGAAGAUUUUUAUGUCAUAAAAGCUUACCAAGGUCUAGGUAUUGGAGAUGAAAUGCUCAAACGGUUAAGUCAGAUAGCCCUCAGAACCCAGUGUAAAGGCAUGCAUUUUCUUGUUGUCAUCUGGAACCGGGCUUCUGCAGAGUACUACUGUCGUCGAGGAGCUUCCGACAUUUCCUCCGAGGAGGGCCGUCAUUUGUUCAAGUUUACCUAUGCACAACUCACGGAAAUUGCAAAGUAG